AUGAGUCCAUUGAAUAUCGUAAAUGACACUAGAGAUACCUUUCAUGGGCGGGACGUUUUUCAAGCGUGGAAAAAGGAGGAAUUUUGGUGGAAUCGGACUACUUGUAAUCAAGGUUACGAGUUCCCGGCGUUGGAACGCUCCAAGUAUGAGAAAGAGACCGAAAAGAAGAAUUUGAAUACACAUAUCAGUCAAGAAGAUCCUACUAUUUGUUUAGACUUAAAUUGGUCACCAGAUGGCACUUCUGUGGUGGCUAUUUUCAACGAUUACGGAAUCCGACAGUAUUUGAUUCCGGAGGAGCCUGGCGCCGCACUUGUACCGUUCAAACGGUUCUUUAGAGGGCAGUCUAUUGUAGCGAGCUGUGUCCAUCCUUAUUACUCAAUGUUUGGCGGAAAUGAAGGAGUGAACGUAAUUCUUGUAUCUUCCAAAGAUCUGCCCAUCCAACUCUUCUCGUUGUCUCCUCAUGUCACGGAGCACAAUCCGCUUUUCAGUUAUUCCGUAGUCAAUCCUGACAAUGAAAGUUACGAAAAGAUGUUCGCACUUAGCUUUUUUUUGAAGUCCGGAUUUUUGGCAGGCGCAUCGCGAAACAAAGUGUCGGCAUACGAUUUGAACCGCAAGAUUCCGCUUUGGACGGCUUCGAUUUCUAGCAAAAAUAGCGGCCAUCGAAGCAUAGUCUCGUGCUUCGAUCAAGGAAACGAUCUGUUGGCCUCUUCAUUCCGGUAUGGUGCAACAUACAAGAAUGACAUAUUUGGAAUCGACACUAGAUCAAAAACCCUAUUGCCACAAGCCGACAGGAAAUCAUUGGGAGUUGAAAAGGGCAAUUGUGGCAUUGUGCAGGUAAUCCAGAGUGUGAAUCAGCAUUUUCUGUAUGUUGUGAAGAGAAAUAGCGACAUCAUUGACAUCUUGGAUGUUCGAAAAGGCUUAUCGAAAAUCAAUGAACUAGUGCUGCCCUUCAAGCUGGGCUCUCAAAAGUUCAAGGCUUCGUUGGAUUCAACCAAUGGUCUUUUGAUAGGAACUGCAGAUGGCAGGGUUCUGCAAUGGUCCAGCGAUGUGAUUGAAUUCGGUGGACUUAUUAGGACGAAAAGUUCGAUAGGAUUAUCGCAUUUGACACCAGACAUUGAGCACAAUUUUGAUAACUUAGAGACUAGAAUCAACAUCGUUGCAUCGAAUCCAUCGAAUCCAGACCUUUUAGCUUCUUCGUACUCGCCUGAUAAAUUUGAAGAGGGCGGAGAACCCAUGUCGGGAAUCACUUUAUUCAAUUUGUAG